AUGGCUACCCCCGAAGUGCACCAUCUUUUUCACCACCCAAUUGCCGACCACUCGUUCUCCGCUGACAAGCAGACGCUCGCCGUAGCCAAAGACAAUGUCGUAGACUUAUACCAGAAAUCAGGCUCCAGUUAUACCCUGAGUGAUGAGCUCAAAGGCCACGACAAAACUGUGACAGGAGUGGACAUUGCCCCCGGAAGUGGCAAGAUUGUGACUUGUUCCCAAGAUCGUAAUGCAUACGUCUGGGAAUGUACUCCUACCGGAUGGAAGCCAACACUUGUGCUUCUCCGUAUUAAUCGCGCUGCAACAUUUGUCCGCUGGUCGCCGUCGGAGCAGAAAUUCGCUGUGGGUUCUGGUGCGCGAGUAAUAGCCGUCUGUUACUUCGAGGAGGAGAACGACUGGUGGAUCUCGAAACACCUGAAGAAACCCAUCCGAAGUACCAUCACAACCUUGGCCUGGCACCCUAACUCAGUUCUACUUGCAGCUGGGUCCACAGAUUCCCAUGCAAGAGUGUUUUCCAGCUUCAUCAAGGGCAUCGAUGAGCGCCCAGACCCGAGCGCUUGGGGAGAACGGCUGCCAUUCAAUACUGUUUGCGGUGAAUUCCUAAAUGAUUCUGCUGGAUGGAUUCACGGAUGUGCUUUUUCACCCAGUGGUAACUCCCUGGCGUUUACUGCCCACGAUAGCAGCGUCACUGUUGUUUACCCGAGUGCACCCGAUCAGCCUCCUAGAGCGAUGCUCAAUAUUAGCACUAGGCUGCUACCCUUCAUGAGUUUGAUAUGGAACGGAGAGAAUGAGAUAAUUGCUGCUGGACAUGACUGCGAGGCAUACCGUUUUAGCGGAGACGAAGCUGGUUGGCAGUUGGUGGGGCCAGUGGACGAUAAGACACGGUCAGGAGCUGGUAGCGUCCGCGAAGAGAGUGCUCUAAACAAAUUUCGCCAAAUGGAUAUCAAAGGAAGUACCAAGAAUGACACUCAACUCCAGACCGUACAUCAAAAUACGAUCAGUACUCUUAGGGUUUAUGAAGAAGCUGGAGGCAGAGUUCGGAAGUUUAGCACAAGCGGGGUGGAUGGAAGAGUUGUUGUAUGGAGCGUGUGA